ACUCACAUUUUCUCUCUCCUGUCUCUCAUACCACCAGGGGAGGAGGGGGCGAGGCUUUACUCCAGCAGCUUUGUAGUCAUUUAUAUUAUUCAAUAUCUAUAUGGGUGUAGAAGUACCCACGCUGUGAACUUAAUCAUUUACAUUUGGUCGCCAUACGUGGAGGCGAGAGGAGUCGAGGGUGAGGGGCGACAUUUGCAUCACUGAACACCACCUUCUGCUGCAGUGCGACGCGUGGGAGGCGCUUGGAGCAAGGGAAUGUAACCAUGGACUUCAGCUACUUACUGGAGUUAGCCAAGACCAAUGACCAGGUCAACAAGAAGGAGGCCUCAGUCUCGAGGUUCUCCACCAAAUUGUCUCGGCCCAAGAAGGAGGCUCGGCCGGGCCCUAAGGUGGAAGCAGUCAAGGCAGUCAUUGACAAAAUGGUUAUGGACAAGCAUAAAGAGAAUGAGGAGGCUCGCAAAAAGAAGGAGAACCUGCUGAAGCUGCGAGCGCAGGACAGGAAGUCCAAUAAGCGCAUCAAGGCCAUGAUCAACAUGAGUAAAGGAGCUUCCAAGUCUGUGCUGGAUGAUGCCAAGGACAUCACCACUGCCCAUGGGGAAGAGCAGUGUGAUGAGGAUGACUAUGGCUAUGAAUCUAACAUGAGUCAGCAGAUCUUCAGCAAACUGGCCAAUCGCUACGCUAGCAUGCCUGAGGACGAGAAGCUCAAGUUUGUGCGCAACAGUAAGAAAGGAACCAUUGAUGACAUCAAGAGUCGUGUUAUCAACACCCUGAAGAAAGAGGAGGAGGAUGAGUCUGGUCCACGGCGGAGGAAGCGCAAGAGGCAGAGAACCAAUGGGGAGGAGGAUGAUUUCAUCAAUGAUGGAGAUGAGUAUGAUGGCACACCUUUGGCUAUUCCUCACUCCUCCAAAGAGUCGAAAGACCCCAGCCGGAAGAUUGUCAAUGUCAACCUAACUAACUACAAGAGUGACAAGUAUAAUCACUUUAAAUAUGGAAAUGACCAGGGGACCAAGGAUGACCCAGAGAAGGAACGUAAGAAGAAAGUGCGGGAAAAGAGCAAACACAAGGCUGCCCCACCACCUAUGAGCUUUGAGGAGCUGCUACGUGUAGCACAAAAAAAGCACCAGGAAACUCCCGUGAUGCCUCCUAAAGAGGAAAUUAUUCGGGGUAAGGAGAAGGACAAGAAGAAAGACAAUGAGCGUCCCCUCACUGCCAAGGAGAAGGAAGAACUGGAAGAAGAGCGACGCAGAAAACUUAGGCGUAUGGGCAAACUGCCACCUGAAAAGAAGCCACCAGUGGCAGACGCUGAGGCCGACAAACAGAAGAAAGGUGAGAAAGGCAAGGGUAAGGGUAGUGAGGGAAGUGGGAACAGCAGCGGUGGUGGAGCCUCAAAGCUAAAGAAGGCAUUGGAAGCACCUCAGCAACCAGAACCUAAGGGUAUCGACCGGUCAAAAUAUUUUGCUGUGCCAUUUUCCCAGAAGAAUCGGGAUUCCCCGGCUGCCCCGGCUGCCCCGCCUGCCCCGCCUGCGGCAAAAGAGCCCCGGCCUCCACAAAAUGCACGGCCCCAAGGUGCCGCACGGCCUGAGCCUCCAUAUAGAGAAACCAAACCCCAGAAACCAGCAGGUCCCCCGACCAAGGACAUGCGGCCCAACAAACCCAUCAAACCAUCGUUCCCCAGGGGCCGAGCAGGACCACCUCCAGGGAUGCACAAGCGGCCACCACGGCCCCCAAGCCCCCAGGGGAAAAUGCGCAUUGAGAGUGAUGAGGAAGAGGAAUAUGACUCAGAGAUGGAUGAUUUCAUUGACGAUGGGGAGGAGGAGAUGGACUUCUCCAGUGAGAUCAAGCGGAUGUUUGGAUAUGAUCGCAACAAAUACAGGGAUGAAGAUGACGACGUGGACGACAUGGAGGCGUCUUUCUCUCAGAUGCAGAAGGAAGAGCGGAUCUCGGCUAAGAUUGGCCUUCAGGAGGACCUGGAGGACAUGAAGCGGGAGGAGGAGGAGAAGCGACUCAAGAUGCUGCGGCUCAAACAGGCAAAAAAGGCACGGAGAUGAGGGGAUGCCAUUUCCACUUGUGUGUGUGUGUUUGUGUGUGUGUGUUUACAUAGUUGUAGUGAACAGGCCCUGAGCUAUGCUCGUAAUGCUCUGUUCUCGUGUCUAUAUUUAUCCUGCCUUUUCUUUAAAUAGUGAACACCCUUUGC